GUUGAAGGUGAGCUGGACCGGCUCAAGAUUGCACCUAACAUUCAUUUUAACCUCCCCCGCAAAAACCAGUCCACGUGCUCCAUUCCAUUUUAAGUUCUUUGCUCCAUACAUGGAACGCUUAAAGCACCCAAAUUCAUACUCAUCGAUACGUUGCACCGGCCAAAGUCACCAGUGAGUCCCCCAGAGCUCACUGGACCGUAUACAAAAUCUUUGUCAUUUCCUUUUAGUUUCUUUCAAGGGGAAAGGCACCACGUAAGAAAAGAAGAGCAUUUGGAAGUGGGGAGGCGAAAGCAGAAGCCAAUGGGGUUCGAUUCAAGAAGCCAAAUUGGCGAGAAAUGGAUGAGCAUGUUGCUGGUGUUGCUCCUUGCUGGAGCUGCAACGUCUCAGAACAUAGUAGAGACUCUUCCUGGGUUUCAUGGGAAACUCCCCUUCACGCUAGAAACAGGGUACAUAGGGGUGGAUGCAAUGGAUGAUGUGCAGCUGUUCUACUACUUCAUUGAGUCCGAGAGAGACCCUGCCAAGGAUCCUCUUGUUCUCUGGCUCACCGGUGGCCCUGGCUGCUCUGGCUUCUCUGCCCUUGCCUUCGAAAUCGGUCCUUUGACUUUCGAUUAUGGAGCUUACAAUGGCAGCUUACCCUCUCUUCUAAUCAACAAAUACUCAUGGACCCAGGCUGCCAGCAUAAUAUUUAUCGAUGCGCCCGUGGGAGCUGGAUUCUCAUAUUCGACAACCGAAGAGGGUAAAUACAGCUCUGACAUAAAAUCCGCAUACCAGACUUAUACUUUCUUGAGGAAGUGGCUCCUUUCUCACCCGCAAUUCCUAGGAAAUGAACUUUACAUUGGCGGCGACUCAUACUCAGGCAUUACUGUUCCUAUUUUGGUGACAUAUAUACUGGAAGGCCUAGAGGCAGGACUAAGGCCUAAGAUGGAACUCCAAGGGUAUUUGCUCGGGAACCCAGUGACCGAUGACUUCACUGAUCCAAAUUCAAGGAUUCCGUAUGUUCAUCGUGUGAACCUUAUAUCAGAUGAAUACUAUGAGGAUGCCAAAGAAUAUUGCGGAGGCAAUUACGUCGACGUGGAUGCAAACAAUACUGCCUGCGUAGCAACACUGCAAUUGAUCAAAGAGUGCCUUUUACAAAUCAAUCUCUGCCAAAUCUUGGAACCGCAAUGCGCCUUCUCAUCUAAGAGACGGAGGGAGUUGGAAUGGGAUUUGAGAGUUCAAGAAGCAGAAACUAUAAAUCAUAUCCUCUCCAACAACAGACUUCCCGAAUUGCCGUGCAGAGGUUUUACCUAUGUGAUGGCCUACAAGUGGUUGAAUGAUGAAGGUGUGCAAAAGGCUUUGUACGUCAGACCGGAAAGUGUCCCUUCAGAUGGAUGGAAAAGAUGCCCGAAAAACUUCUCAACCUACACCGACGAAAUCACCAGUACCGUUGCCUAUCACAAAAAUCUCUCAGAGACCGGUCUCCGUGCUCUCAUAUAUAGUGGAGACCACGACAUCUCAGUUCCGUGGAUUGGAACCCUGAGCUGGAUAAAAUCCUUGGGAGUGCCUGUCUUCGACGAAUGGAGGGCGUGGUACGUCGAUGGACAAAUUUCAGGGUACCAAGUGAAGUUCAUGAACGAUCACUUCCGUCUGACCUACGUGACCGUGAAGGGCGCCGGUCACACAGCUCCAGAGUACAAGCACAAGGAAACACUCGCCAUGUUCGACCGGUUCAUGGCUCGUUACCCUAUCUAGUCGGGUCCGCCGUCCCGAGGAUCAUUUCGGCGAAUAAAGAGCGCUUAAGUCGGGAGAUUUAUUUCGAAUAAUACCUUCUUGUAAUUCAUUUCAUGCAAUCAGUUCAUUUUGGGAGAGAUUUGUGGACAUAUGUAAUUCGAGACUAGGCAUGUCUUGAAGUUAGCUGCAUCAGUAAUUAUAUUUUAGCAAACUCGAACGUCAAAAGCUCACGAGGAAAGUUUUCUUCUCUCGCUGGAGCAGUAAAAUUGCUUCUAGCCCAGUCCAA